UUCUGCUGGUGCACGGCACACCAUAUCCACACGCCCAGUUGACCUCCAGCGGCGACCGAAAUUCUGCUCUUGCCACCCGAGACACACUGGGCCGAAUUUCCCGACAGCUGCAAUUUGAAGUCUCUUUGUCAGUUUCUGUUAUCCGAAUUUUACAGGGUACUCUGGCAGGCAGGCAGGCAUGGGUACAAGAGAUUCUGUGAAGCUAAAGCCCUGAACCCUUGCUGCGGGAAACUCCAUUUAGGCGAGAGGUCCGCAAGGUUGUGUGUUCAAAAUUUGCUAUUAUGGCGUUGUGGCGCUCGUUCUCGUCAGUUUGCUGUACAUCGUUUGGUUCUCGGCCUUGCGUUGUACCUUUGCACACUCGCUCUCGCGCAUUCUCUGUACGUAAUGCCACAGCCUCUGCCAGCUCCGAUGUCGAUCAGUUGCUGCCCGUGUUCGAGGAUGUGAAGGAGAAUUUGCAGGAGCCUACCAGAAGAUCGCAAUCGAGUCCGAAGGAGAAAGGACCUUCUAGUUAUUUUCCGAAGAAGGGCCAAGACAUAGAGCUCGUAUGCGAGAGCCUAGCGUACAAAGGCAAUGGGGUGUGCAAGGUUGUUGAGACAGGAUUUGUAGUGCUUUGCGAAAGGGCCUUGCCAGGAGAGCGGCUUCUUGCUCGGAUUGUAAAGAAGAAACGUGGUUUUGCGGAGGCAUACAAGCUGAAGACACUUUCUGUUCAUCAUAAUGCAGUGGCUGCCCCCUGCCAACAUUUUGGUGACUGUGGAGGGUGCAAGACACAAAAUCUAGCCUAUCACGCUCAGCUUCAUGAAAAAGAGCAGCAAGUACACGAUCUAAUCGCUCGAACUGGGAGAUUUGGCAUCAGCCAACCUGAUGGUCCGACUGGAAGUUAUUUAAAACCAAUAGUGCCCUGCCCCAUGGAGUUUCAUUAUAGGAACAAGAUGGAGUUUUCAUUUGGAACACAACAAUGGGUACCAGCUGAAUCCUACAGUUCGGUGGGCCAAGCCAACGACGAAGAGUACCCCGAAGUAACCAAGUCGGAAUCAUACUCUGAAGAUUUUGCUUUGGGACUACAUGCACCCAAGCGAUUCGAUAGAAUACUGCCUAUUAAUGAAUGUUUACUGCAGCAUGAUGUUGCGAAUCAGAUUUUCAAGCAGGUGAAGGCAUAUUGUUACGCCAACUCUAAAAAGCUGCCAGCGUAUGAUGUACACACGCAUAAAGGGUUUCUGAGACAUCUCAUGAUCCGAACAGGCAGCGACUUGAAGACGGGUGGUCCACAGAUUAUGGUGAACCUGGUAACCUCAACCUUCCAACCGGACUUGAUACAACCACUUGUCACAAGUCUCGUGGACGAGUUUCCCCAGAUGGUCAGUUUUGUCAACAAUGUGGCCACUUCCGUCGGGAAUACUUCGCAAAGUGAUGAAGAGCAUGUUCUAUUUGGUGGACGUGUUAUCACAGAGACUCUGAGAGGACUUCAGUUUGAGAUCUCAGCCAACUCUUUCUUCCAGACAAAUACCUCACAGGCAGAAGUUCUCUACAGGAUGGUUGAAGAGCAGUCUAGUCUGAAGGGAGAUGCUAGCGAAAUCAUUCUGGACUUAUUUUGUGGUACUGGCACCAUCGGCCUCAGCAUGGCAAAGAAGGCAAAGCAUGUGUAUGGAUACGAGAUUGUUCCGGAAGCUGUUGUAGAUGCUCGUAGAAAUGCGGAGAGAAACGGAAUUAGAAAUGCUACCUUCAUACAAAGUGAUCUGAACAAACUCAUCAACGAUUUCCAUCAAGACUUUCCCCAACCAGACAUUGUAAUCACUGACCCGAAUAGACCAGGAAUGCACUUGAAGCUUAUAAAGUUCCUUCUAAAUCUACGAGCUCGACGGAUUGUAUACGUGUCUUGCAAUCCUUCAACAUGUGCUAGGGACCUAGAUCUCCUGUGUCAUGGAGGGGAGGGAGGCUUGGAGCCCCAAACGUACAAGUUAGUGAGUGUUCAACCUGUCGAUAUGUUUCCACAUACGCCUCACAUUGAGUGUGUAUGCGUUCUUGACCUCAUAGAAAGAUCAUGAUUCGUAACAGCCUAUAAAGUCCUAGACUACCUGGACGGAUCGUAUUUGUCCAAGUUUCAACAGGAAGUGAGGUGGAGGUCUUUGAUAUCAAGCUGCAUCAUUUACACCUCUGUCAUGACCUCCCACCCACAUGUAGUAUCACUUAGCUCUAGUCUGUUGGUUCCAUCACUCAAUGUCUCUCAGCACGGACUCACGGGGUUUUCUCUAAUAGAUUGCUCCUCUCAUACAUUUGGAGGCUUGAGAUUUAGCUUGAGAUUCAGGACGUUUUAGCUUCUGUGGCAUGUCUGUAGAUUUGCAAUUGCAUUCACAGAAGAAAUGACGAGCAUUUGUAAACAUGACGGCAACAUUCUUGGUCGGUAGAUAGGUAGGAAAGAGGCUACAUCAGAAAUGGGUUUCCAGCAUUAUAUCCAUCAUUCACCCAAUUCUCGCACCGCAUGGAAGAGUAAAGUCGAAACAUACUACAGUACUGUCUCGAACUCGUAUGGACUUGCAUUAGUGCUGGGAGUAUAAGCCUUGCUUUUGUCCCUGUGACCUGCGUUGGUACCAGACACAGGCAGCAUCCCUUUCUUGGUUGAAUUGAAGGUGGAACUCCUGGUGAAAGUCGUGGUUCCUUCUUGACUAUCAUGUGCAACAAGAAUAAUAGACACGCGGUUUC